AUGGCCGUUCGUCGAUCCAAGGCAAAUGGUCCGCCUAGUCAUCACGGCAAGUUUGCAGAGCGGUUCGCUGCCAAAGAGGCGCAGAGGAAAGCUCCAAAGCCAGCGCCGCUCUCGGCCGAGGAACAUGCAGCAAACCGAAAGCGAUUAAGCAAAGUUCGUUUCGUUAAGCCAAAGUACUCGGAGGAGACGAUGAUUAAUCUCGCUGGCAUUUUCAAGAAGUGGAACAGAUACUGUGACGAGGCCGGAGUUGGGGAUUGGGAGGAAACGAUCCGGUCUCUCGGACCAGAAACAACCAUGGACUUCUUCCUCUUCGUAUGCGGAAACUACAAGGUGAAAUCCUGGGGUUCGACUGAGGAGUAUAUCAGACAGUUCCAACAGCUUUAUACCACCGUCACGGGUCAAUACAUGAAUCGAGCCCACAGCAAAGCAGUAUACAAUUAUCACCAUAAUGUAUUAGUUCCCAGAUUUCGCCUGCGUGCGCCGAAUAUUGAUGGCAAAGCUGUCUUGAAUGUCGACAGUCUGCGAGUCAUUUUGACCUUCAACAUGGCCUAUGACGCCGGCACAUUUGACCUCGAGCGGCACCGCAUUCAACUAGCUGCUUGUUACCAAAUCCUAUGCUAUACUGGUGCGCGGCCGGCCGAACUAGUAGAUGGUGAAAGGAAGAAACCCAAGAAUGGUUCCGUAGAAAGGCUCUUUGGGAAGAAGGUCGUCCAGGCAGACGGUGAUACGUCGGAGGAUGCAGCGGAUGCCUUGGUCGAAGAAUCGCAGAAGGCCGAGGAGCUACUCUCCAUGGAAACAACAAAGCGUGGACGGCCAAAGGCACUUUGUUAUGAAGACAUUCUUAUGAUGCUCUGUGUUCGAAUCACAGAUCUGGGGUCCGCUGCGUGCACGCCGCUGCGGUGGAAAGAGGAUAUGCUCAAAGUGCCAAUUUUCCGCCGCAUUCGAGGCUGUGACCUCUCCACCUACGAGCCUAUGCCGUAUGCAAAGCUCAGUUACGAUAUGGCGCGGCAAAGCCUUGAUUCCGGGCACGAGAAGGCCUGGACACCAAGAUUUGCUCGCAGAGGCGCUGCUAAUGCUGCCAAUGGGGACGCGCCGGAUUCCGUUCGUGACCAGAUGAUGCGGCAUGAUCCUAGGUUUUCUACCUUCUUUAGUGCGUACCUAAACGAGAAUGCGAGGUUCGACCUUCAAAAUGCCUUUUUGGAGGAAGAGAAGCAAAAUCAGUUAUUUCGGAUGUUUGCACACGUUAGUCUCACUCGAGACCCUCGAGCGACGCGCGAUAUGGUACCAGACGAAGCAUGGGCUCAGGUGCCACCUGAUCCGGAUAUCACGGAACUAGAAGAGGAGCGUGCGCAACUAAAGCAGGGCCGGUAUCGAAUCGCCGGCUGUGAAAAUGAAGAGAAAAUACGGGAGCUCACAGAAAAAAUCAGAGCGAAAAAGGCAGAGCGAGAGAAGCGGAUUGUCAAGGACUAUCGCGAGUAUUACUUCUACCAUCGUCCGACCUGGGACAUCGAAGCGCAAGCCCGCGGGGAGGUGGAAGAGCAGUAUGAAGAGCCUGUUAUUGACCUCAUUGUUCCCGAACGCGUCAGACUAGCUGAGAUGCUCUGCUUUCAGCCCAAAGACUUGACGGAAGAACAAAUUUCUCGCUUGAGAAUCGACGUGGUCGACCUCAUGGUCGCGCUUUGCGACAAAAGGGACACUGGCAAACCCCGUCAGUCUCAACCAAAACCUCCCGUGCAAGUUCCUAUCCACCAAUUUGUCAAAGAAGAGUCUCCUGCGUUUGAAGCCUGGUGCAGAGCCGAUCCCUUUCCUCUUCUUAUGAACGCAAGCCAGUGUCCCGAUUGUAUCGGCGACGAGCGGCUGACGACUGCCGAGCGCACAUUUCAGUGGUGUCGUCCAACAAUACGAAAUGACCACUUCGACGACCAGCAUCUGACAGAACGGGAGUCCGCCGUGGCUCAAGGUGUCGCAGCAGGUGAACAGGAGACGCUCGAAACAGGGGCAACGUCGCAUGACGACACGUGGGAGGAAAACUCAGCUCCGGCAGAAGGACCUGGAGGGGCAGGUGCUGGUAUGAUGGCUGCUGGCAGCCAUCGCGACAUCAAUCUUGAACAGCCGUUCAUGGAUGUAGGGUCGCAGGUCUGUGGUUGCAGUCUCCUGAUUCAGACAAUGGGUCGAGAUACCAUGAAGCAAUAUCAUGUUACUGGGUAUGGACACGUUCAGGAGAUCACAGUCGCCUCAUGCGGCGUUGCGAUCAGAUGA